AUGGCGACUCCACAGCAGGGACAGUACCAGGGUCAUGUACCCCAUCAACAUCAGAAUGUCAGCCAACAACGACAAGUCCCGAAUGGGCAGCAGCAGAGCUCUGGACAACAGCAGAACUUUGGACAGACUCAGCAGAGGCCAGCUCAGCCCCAACAGCAACCUCUAAACCCAUACGCCAACUACGAUCCCCAAUUGGCUUCCUUCAUCUUAGAGAAGCCAAAGAACGCCACUUCCUGGGAGGAUGCCACACCUGAGCAACAACAUGUCGCACUCCAGGAACUCCACAGCGAACUGCACAAGUUUCGUCGAAACCAUAAUAACGUCAAGAAGGCGAUGAACGAGAUCCCUUCCCCAAACUGUCGCCGAAUCAUCAACGAGCUCGUUGAGGACCAGAACGUUGAGCUUGCGAGGUACAAUAGAACCAUUCAAUACAGAAUUGCAAGCGUUGUAAACAAAUGGCGCUCGGUCAACCGUCGAGAAAGGCAGCUGGUGCGUGUAGACAUCAUUCUGGAGACUGAGCCUUCUGGGUUUCAAGAGCCUAUGCAAGCGAGACCCGCUGUCGGAGGUGCGGGCAAUGGACCCCAAGAUGCAAACAAGAACAAGCAACCAGGAAACCCGCAAGGUCAACAGUUCCCGAACCCGUCUAACAACCCCGGCCAAAACAUGCCACAGCAACAAAGACCUCCCCAACAGCAGCAACCACAACAUCCUGGUCCGCAAAACUUCGGACAGCAUCCCCCAAACCCGGGCCACAUGAACCCAAUGCCAGGUCCUGGAGGUCCUCCUCCUCCACCUCCGCCUCCGGGGAUGCCUGCACCACACGACAUAGGUCGUCCACCACCCCCACCGCAUGGUGGAGGGGGCCAACCCAUACCGGGCGUGCCACUGCAGCAUCUUCCGCCUCCUCCUGGCCAAGCCCAUGGCCCGCCCUUUGGUCAAAUGCCAAUGCCUGGUACGUUUCCGGACCAGAUGCAUAUGCCGCCGUUUGGCAUGAGGCACGUCCAAGGCGUGAAUCCUGAGCACCUCAGACAUCACAAGAAAAACCACAGGGUUCGUCGCGAUAUUUCCGGCUCAUCGUCCGACAGUGACUCCUGGGAGUCUGAGUCGGAAGAUUCCAGCUUUGUCAACAUUGAACAUGAUCAUAUAGAUGUUGAUCGACGUGGACGAGGACGUCAGCGGCCCGGCAAGAGAUCGAAGAAGACUCAGAGACAUCGGUCACUCAGCAAAGCUAGAGCCCUCAGUCGUAGUCGUAGCCGAAGUCGGGCACGCAAGAACAACGUUGAUCCAUAUAUCGCAAAGACUACCCGUCGACACCGUACUUCAGACAUAAUCGACGAUCAACGCAAUGGUAGGCAUAGCCCAGAGUCCUUCACUACCGACUCUUCUCGGUCUUCUCACAACAAAGUGACGCCUGUUCACAUUCACCUGAGUACCAACAACGUUGUGGAAGACCGAACACGUUCCGGUAACACCUCACCAGUUGGUCUCUCCAACGAGAAGAAGAAAAGAUCAGGAAAGUACUUCCCCUCCCACGGCAUGGCUAGGGAGACCUCCAACUCAUCGUCAGAGCGUGGAAGCGGCACCGAGUCUAUGAACACUACAUCUGUUCACACAGCAGAUGAUGGUAUCUUUGAUACUCCUAUACGCCGCCGCCCUUCUUACACGCACGUUCAUCGUCACCAGAAGGUCUCUUACGGAAGAAAGUCGCCAAAUAUAUUCGGCCAGCCGCACUCCAGCCAUAUCUACGACGAGGACGUUGACCACCGUCGGGUACAGAAGGUUAGAUACCACAAAGAGACAGUAGACGACUACCCACACUCCCGAAGCCCACGCGCACCCAUGCAUGAGCCAGAGUCGUACUUCGACGACUACCCAGUCCACACUACUCGGCCAAGCCUGCCAAACCGCCGCGCAACCAUGGCCAACCCACCCAACAUGCAUAAUCCCUUUGCGCAACCACACUUCCCACCCAAACCAGUGCGCGCCUCAUCAUACCUCGCGGAUAGACACGAGCCAGGCUACGGCUACCCCCAACCACGCGCGAUUGGAGACCAAGACGAAUUAGAUGCGCGAUACGCACUCAACGACAUCCAUGCGGCUCUUGAGCACAUCCAGGACAAGAAAGAGCGAUCGGCUAGACGCUCUAACAUGAUGGGCAGGAGGGACUCAGCUUUCCAGUAUGAAGAUGAUGAGUGGCAUGCUAGGGUGCCGUUGAGUGGGCGACGUGGAGGUUAUGGUGGGUACUAG